CCGCCCACACUGAAGCCCCCCGUGAACGCGGGCGUGCGACAGAUUUCAGCUGUUUUUGUAGCCAAGAUGACGAGCAACACCAGGUUCAAGAGCCGCACACUCAGAUCAGAGGAUGGCGGAGAGGAGAAGGACUAUGUGGGGUUUGCCACCCUCCCUAACCAGGUCCACAGAAAGUCAGUCAAGAAGGGAUUUGACUUCACCCUCAUGGUGGCAGGAGAGUCUGGUCUCGGUAAAUCUACUUUGGUCAACAGCCUGUUCCUCACAGACUUGCACAAGGAUAGGAAACUUCUGAACGCUGAGGAACGAAUCAGUCAAACAGUGGGGAUCACUAAGCACACUGUGGACAUAGAGGAAAAAGGUGUUAAACUAAAACUGACCAUCGUGGACACACCAGGCUUUGGAGACGCCGUCAACAACACAGAUUGCUGGAGGCCAAUCACAGACUACAUUGAGCAACAGUUUGAGCAGUACUUCAGAGACGAGAGUGGACUGAACAGGAAGAACAUCCAGGACAACAGAGUCCACUGCUGCCUGUACUUCAUACCUCCCUUUGGACACGGGCUUCGUCCAGUAGAUGUUGAGUUUAUGAAGGCUCUGCAGGACAAGGUCAAUGUGGUUCCUCUCAUCUCUAAAGCGGACUGCCUUACACCCAAUGAGAUCAGGAGACUCAAAGACCGGGUUCGUGAGGAGAUAGAUAAGUUUGGAAUUAAGGUGUACCAGUUCCCAGACUGUGACUCUGAUGAGGAUGAGGAGGCCAAACAAAAGGACAGAGAACUCAAGGAGAGCACUCCAUUUGCUGUAAUUGGCAGUAACAUGGUGGUGGAAGCCAGAGGCCAGAAAGUCAGAGGAAGAUUCUACCCCUGGGGAAUCGUAGAGGUAGAGAACCAGGCUCACUGUGACUUUGUAAAGCUAAGGACCAUGUUGAUCAGGAGCCACAUGCAUGACCUGAAGGACAUUACCAGUGACUGCCACUAUGAGAACUACAGGGCUCAGUGUAUACACACCAUGACCAGUAAAAUGACCACAGAUAAGCGUGUGGAGAGUCCUCUCCCCAUCCUGCCCCUGUCCACCCCAGAUGUGGAGACUGAGAAACUCAUCAAGAAGAAGGACGAGGAGUUGAGGAGGAUGCAGGAGAUGCUUCAGAAGAUGCAGCAGCAGAUGCAGCAUGAGCAGGACUUGUAGAUACUCCCCCCUAAUCUGACUACUGACAUGUCACCUUUCACCUGAUGACCUGUGGGAGGAAGUUACACCGGGUUAGUCAAACACUGGUCCCACAUCACUGCAACCAGCAGCGGAGAUCUGUACAGUACAGCUCUAAACAUUCAUUACUAACAAAGCAAUUGCACACAGGGUAACCCCAACACAUAACACUCCAAACCAUGGAUGGGGUUUGGUACACUGGAAUGAGACUAAUAAGAAUUUCUUGGUGUUAUGAAAAGCUAAAAGUCACGCAUUGUAGCGUAGUAUAUUUGCACCUUAGUUUGCAGUUGAUGUCUAAGCUGUUUUUUUCUAUUUAUGGAAAGUCCCAUUUGAUACUGAAUAUGACUGUUUUGGUAGAUGGUUGAAUAUAUGUUAUGCACUCUGCUGACAAACACAGAAUUUGGGUCAGAUUUGUUUAUUCUGAAUAUAAUGUUGUAUUUGCUUUGUGGUAUUUAUGGUUAUUCUUGGUGUGUAUAUGAGUGUGUGUUUGAG